GAGGAGGAGAAGCUCUCUCUCCUGCUCCAAAGUACCACCAGGAUGAUCCGCCGCUGCAUCCACACCGACAACCUUCACUUCACUUUCAGCCUCCUUUAGCCCUGAACUCCUCACCCAUGCUCCGCCGCUCUGACAUGCGACACCGCUGCGCUGUUUGUCGGACAAUAUUUUCGUCUUCCGUCGCUCCUCGCUGAUCGAUGGCGGACUCGGGGACGGCGGCAGCGGCCGGUGGAAGCACCGCGUCCGCCGGCGACGGCACCGAGAGCUCCCGGCAGCGACAUCGAGCGCAGGGCGACGCGGAGAGGCCGGAGCCGGCCGCUGCCCCGACGCAGACCUCGUCCGGGGUGCUGGAUAAGUUGUUCGGGAAGCGGUUGCUUCAGGCUGGGAGACACAUCAUGUCUCAUAAGUCUUGGAUGAAGACGGUGCCCACAGAGAACUGUGAUGUCCUCAUGACAUUUGCAGACACUACAGAUGACCACACGUUGCUAUGGCUACUGAACCACAUCCGGCUGGGAAUCCCAGAGCUCAUCAUCCAAAUCCGACACCAUAAGCGCACACGAGUCUACGCAUUCUUCGUCACUGCUACAUAUGAAAAUUUGCUGCGUGGUGCUGAAGAGAUGGGACUGAGGAAAGCGGUGAAGCCAGAGUUUGGAGGAGGAACCCGGAGUUUCUCCUGCGAGGAGGACUACAUCUACGAGAACAUCGAGAGCGAGCUGUGCUUCUUCACCUCACAGGAAAGACAGAACAUCAUUAAGUACUGGCUGGACAAUCUGCGUGCCAAACAUGGGGAGGUGCUCCAUAAUAUCAACUUCCUGGAGGGCCAGCCAAUCAUCCCGGAGUUGAGUGCCCGAGGUGUGAUCCAGCAGGUAUUUCCUCUCCAUGAACAGAGGAUUCUCAGCCAGCUGAUGAAGUCAUGGGUUCAGGCUGUUUGUGAGAAACAACCCUUAGAUGAUAUUUGUGACUACUUUGGGGUGAAGAUCGCCAUGUAUUUUGCUUGGCUGGGUUUCUACACCACCUCUAUGCUGUAUCCUGCUGUCAUUGGCUUCGUGCUUUGGAUGCUCACCGAGUCAGAUCAGACGAGCCGCGACAUUGCUUGUGUGUUUGCACUUUUCAACGUGGUGUGGGCCACCCUGUUUCUGGAGCGGUGGAAAAGGAGGGGGGCCGAACUGGCCUACAAGUGGGGAACACUGGACACGCCUGCUGAGUCCCUGGAGGAACCACGACCACAGUUCCGGGGAGUCAAGCGCUGCAGUCCCAUCACAGGAUGUGAGGAGUUCUACUAUCCUCCGUGGCGAAGGCGUGUAUUCAGGUGGUUGGUUAGCCUGCCUGUCUGCAUCCUUUGUCUCUGUUUCGUCUUCCUGGUCAUGCUGAUCUGCUUCGAGCUGCAGGAGUUUGUGAUGGGGAUCAAGGAGAUGCCUCGGCUUGCUCGCUUCAUCCCCAAAAUCAUGCUCGCUAUCACUGUGACUGCGUGUGACGAGAUGUACAGGAAAAUCGCCUGCUGGCUCAAUGACAUGGAAAACUACAGACUCCAGAGUGCCUAUGAGAAAAAUCUUAUCAUCAAAAUGGUUCUUUUUCAGUUUGUAAAUUCUUAUCUCAGCCUUUUUUACAUCGGAUUCUACCUCAAAGAUAUGGAGCGUCUGAAAGAGAUGCUGGCCACUCUGCUUAUCAUACGCCAGUUCCUCCAAAAUGUGAAGGAGGUGCUGCAGCCUUACCUGUAUGAACGCCACAAGCUGGGUGAACUCACGCUACGAGCCGUGUGGGACCUGCUGAUCUCAGUGCCUAAAUAUGCCAGACUAGCAGCCGGAAAAGCCCAGGCCUCACCGACCAACCAGGCCAUGCCAGGACCUGGGCUGAGGGGGACCAGGCCCGGUCUGGGACAUACAGAAAAAAGGGAAAAAAAAUGUUUGAAUGGAGGAUGCGGGGUGCCUGAUGAUGAGGAAGGAGGUGAGAAGGAUGAGGCCGACAGCGGGAGGUUCAGUGAAGGAGAGACUGAAGAGGACAGUCUGAUCGACUGCGGUUUGAAGCUGCGGAAAGUCAGCUUCAUAGAGAAGGUGGAACGAAAACCUUUGUGCAGUGGCCCCUUAAUGGAAAACAGUUUCCUGGAAGAGGGGAGCCCCACAAUGGUAGAAAAAGGGAUGGACCCUGCCUCUGUGUUUGAGCUGUGUGAUGAUGAUGACGAUAAUGGGAUCCAUGAUGUGAAGGAGGCGGGUGGGGGAGUGGCGAGUGCGGCUGAGGGAACGAAUACUGUGGCUGUUGCUGCCCCAUUACCUUUUGUGUCUGAAAGCAGUUCAUCAUUACAACACAGGAGGAGAGGAAGGAGUGCAGAAAGGGCAGAGCCAAAAACAAAAAGGGAAUCAUGGAUGGACCCCCCCGAAGAGAGGGAAAGCACUACUCUCACACAGGCUGAGAUCGAGAGCUGCAUGCAGACGUAUGAGGACACCUUCCAGGACUACCAGGAGAUGUUUGUCCAGUUUGGAUAUGUGGUGCUUUUCUCCUCAGCCUUCCCGCUAGCUGCCAUGUGCGCCCUCAUCAACAACAUCAUCGAGAUCCGCAGUGAUGCCUUUAAGCUCUGCACCGGUCUCCAGAGGCCUUUUGGAACCAGAGUGGAGAGCAUUGGCCAGUGGCAGACAGCAAUGGAAGCCAUGGGUCUGAUUGCCAUCAUAGUGAACUGUUACCUGAUUGGCCAGUGUGGACAGCUGCAGCGUCUCUUCCCUUGGCUUAGCCCUGAGAUUGCCAUCAUCUCCAUUGUCAUUCUCGAGCACUUUGCCAUCCUUCUGAAGUACAUCAUUCACGUGGCCAUCCCUGAUAUUCCUACAUGGGUUAGAGAGGAAAUGGCCAAACUUGAUUAUCAGCGGAGGGAAGCCUUUAAGAAACAUGAGCGGCAGGCACAGCAGCAUUACCAACAGCUGCAGAGGAGGAAGAGGGAGGAAGAGGAGCGUCAGAGGCAGGCAGAGCACAUGGCCCGUAGGGAAAGAGAGCGGGACGACAGCAAAGCUGACUCUUCUGGUGAUUACCAUCACGAGAAAAGUCACAGCAGCAAAUCACGCCCCGCGGGUGGGGGUGGAGGGGGAGGAGUGGGAGGGAGCGGCGGGCCGGACAAGCCCAAGAGGCCCAGCUCUCUGUUGGCCAACAACAACGUGAUGAAGCUGAAGCAGAUCAUCCCACUGCAGAGUAAGUUCUCCUCGGGGGCCCGCUCCCCUCAGUCACCCACGGGCAGCGAGCCCAAACUGCCCGGGUUCCUGAGCUUCAAAUUCCUCAAGUCACCUGAGAACAAGAAGGAUUGUGCUGCAGCUGGGGCGGCCACAGCACCUAAUGCCAUUUCAUCAUCUUCAUCGUCAUCAGGUAGCAGCUCUCAGGAGCGUUCUCAGUCACCCAGCAAAGCCUUCAACCCUGGAAAACUGUUUAAUUUUGGGAAAUCUGAGGGGGGGCCACCGUGUGUGAAUGGCACUCAGCCACACAGGUCUGGCGAAGGAUCGUCAAGGAUUGAUCAGAUGUCUGAAAAGCAACCUUCCAGGUCUGACCUGAACGGUGUUCCAGAUGAAAUCCCUUCGCCUGGAGGAGAUGGGUCUGAAAAUGAACAUUCAGCCGACUUGACCUCGGCUGGCCCUAAAGUCUAACAACUUAACAAAGAAAGACAGAGAAAAAACCCACAACAGCUUCAGUUACAUAUCAGCUGAAGAAGUGAUGUUUACUGUGAGGAAGAGCCUGGCCAACACUGUGCUGUCACAGGCCCCCGGGUACCAGUACUAAAGGGUACUUGAUGUAGAGAA